AGAAAGGCAAAAGAAAAAGGGAACGAGGAAGAAGAGAAGACGAAAAGGAGAGAGGACGCCAGAGGGAAGGGGAAGGGGGGAAGAAGGCUCCUGGGCGGCCCGUCCGUGCGAAGGGCGGGCGGCCCCGCCGCGGGCAGCUCCGCGCCGCCCUAUAAGAGGCGCUGCGGGGCGCGGGCGGCGGUAGCGGGGCCGGCGCCGGGGCUGGGAGAGGAGCGGAGGAGCGAGGGGCGAGGAGAGCCCGCAGCGGAGCGGAGGAGCAGGGGCCGGGCUCGGCUGGGCUCCCCGCGGGACCCACGGCGGCUGCCGGCCGCGCAGCUUAUCCUGAGCGAGGCGACUCCGACUUGGCAGCGCUCGCGUAGGGUGGCUGACCUUACCGCCGCCUCUGACAGCCCUGUUAAUGCCCAGCCACGACACCUCUGCUGUGUACUGCCACUGCUGCUGCACGAAGGGAGUUCCUAGGCUUUGCUGAAGGAAGAUGGCUUUCUGGACGCAGCUGGGAUUGCUGCUAUGGAAGAACUUCACCUACAGAAGAAGACAGACUUUCCAGCUGCUGAUCGAAGUUGCCUGGCCUCUGUUUAUCUUCUUCAUCCUGAUCUCUGUAAGACUUUCAUAUCCGCCCUACGAGCAGCAUGAAUGUCACUUCCCAAACAAAGCUAUGCCUUCGGCAGGAACCUUGCCAUGGAUACAGGGGAUCAUCUGCAAUGCCAACAACCCUUGUUUCCGCUACCCAACUCCUGGGGAAUCCCCUGGUAUUGUUGGAAACUUCAAUGCUUCCAUUGUUUCCCGCCUGUUCUCAGAUGCCAAGAGGUUACUUUUGUACAGUCAACAGGACACGAGCAUAAAAGAUGUCCAGAAGGUCUUGGGAAAACUGCGCAAGUUCGGAAACUCCUCUGGUUCAGACUUGAAACUUCGGGAUUUCCUGGUUGACAACGAGACGUUCUCAGACUUCCUCCACCAUAAUGUGUCCAUGCCAUCAUCUGCAGUAGAGGAGCUACUGGAUGCAGAGGUCAACCUCCAGCAGGUCAUUGUGUCUGGUUACCGAAUGCGACUGCGAGAUCUCUGCAAUAGCUCAACGCUGUCUGAAUUUCUUACAAUCCAUAAUCAGACGGCGGCCAUGGACUCUGAAGUCUUUAUUUGCACCUUGCCAAAGGAAAAACUCCAUGCAGCUGAGCAAACCUUCCGUGCUAACCUGAAUCCUUUGAAGCCUCUUCAGAGACGAUUUUCUUUCAAUUCCUCCUUGCGGGAUCUGUCCGAAACUGUGGAAACUUUGAAAGAGAGCAUUGGGAAUCUUGUUAAAGAGUUGCUAAGCAUGAAGAGCUGGAGCGACAUGAGGCAAGAGGUGAUGUUCCUGAACAACGUGAAUGCCUCAAACUCCUCUACACAGAUCUACCAGGCUGUGUCGCGCAUUGUGUGUGGCCAUCCUGAAGGUGGAGGACUCAAAAUUAAAUCCCUCAACUGGUAUGAGGAUAACAAUUACAAAGCACUGUUUGGAGGCAACAGCACUGAAGACGAUGUAACUAACUUCUAUGAUAACUCCACAACACCCUACUGCAAUGAGCUGAUGAAGAACCUGGAAUCCAGCCCGCUUUCCAGGAUUAUCUGGAGGGCUUUGAAACCGUUGCUGAUUGGGAAGAUCUUGUACACUCCAGACACACCAGCUGUAAGGAAGGUCAUGACUGAGGUGAACAGGACGUUCCAGGAGCUGGGUGUGUUUCGUGACCUCGGGGGGAUGUGGGAGGAGAUAAGCCCGAAGAUUUGGACGUUUAUGGAAAGUAGUCAGGAAAUGGAUCUCAUUCGGACGCUGCUGAAAGGCAAGGCUCUAUGGGACCUGCACUUGCCGUCUUCCAACUGGACAGUGGAGGAUGUUGCCCGUUUCCUGUCAAACCACCAGGAGGACUUUGAGACAGCAAACGGCUCAGUGUAUACCUGGGUGGAUGCCUUCAAUGAGACAGACCGGGCUAUCCAGACCAUCUCCCGCUUUAUGGAGUGUGUCAACUUGGAUAAACUGGAGCCUGUGGCCACAGAAGUUCGGCUUAUAAACAAGUCCUUGGAGCUUCUGGAUGAAAGGAGGUUCUGGGCUGGCAUAGUCUUCACUGAAAUAGCUCCUAACAGUGUAGAGCUCCCUCAACAUGUGAAAUACAAGAUACGCAUGGAUAUUGAUAACGUGGAAAGGACAAACAAGAUCAAGGACGGGUACUGGGAUCCUGGUCCCCGUGCUGACCCCUUUGAGGACAUGCGCUAUGUUUGGGGAGGCUUUGCCUACCUGCAGGAUGUGGUGGAACAGGCCAUCAUCAGGGUGCAGACAGGCUCAGAGAAGAAGACAGGAGUUUAUGUGCAGCAGAUGCCCUACCCAUGUUAUGUGGAUGACAUAUUUCUGCGUGUCAUGAGUCGCUCCAUGCCUCUCUUCAUGACUCUAGCCUGGAUCUACUCUGUGGCUGUGAUAAUUAAGGGCAUUGUGUAUGAGAAGGAAGCCCGGCUGAAGGAGACGAUGAGGAUUAUGGGACUUGACAAUGGCAUCCUUUGGCUAAGCUGGUUCAUUAGCAGCCUCAUCCCUCUCCUGAUGAGUGCAGGUCUGCUGGUGCUGAUCCUUAAGGUGGGAAAUCUGCUGCCUUACAGUGACCCUAGUGUGGUGUUUGUUUUCCUGUCGAUCUUUGGUGUUGUGACCAUACUCCAGUGCUUCCUCAUCAGCACUGUGUUCUCCAGAGCCAACCUGGCAGCUGCCUGUGGGGGCAUUGUCUAUUUCACGCUGUACCUGCCUUAUGUGCUGUGUGUUGCCUGGCAGGACUAUGUCAGCUUCUCACUCAAGAUUUUUGCGAGCCUGCUGUCUCCAGUAGCCUUUGGCUUUGGUUGUGAGUACUUCGCACUGUUUGAAGAGCAGGGAGUUGGUGUUCAGUGGGACAACUUCUUUGAGAGCCCAUUGGAAGAAGAUGGCUUUAGCAUCACCACAUCUGCUGUCAUGAUGUUGUUUGACACCUUCCUAUAUGGGGUCAUGACGUGGUACAUUGAGUCUGUCUUCCCAGGUCAGUACGGGAUUCCCAGGCCCUGGUACUUUCCUUUCACAAAGUCCUAUUGGUUUGGCGAAGAACCACAGGAGAGGCAGCACUCUCAUCCUGACCAGAAAGGGUCUUCAGAAGUCUGCAAGGAGGAAGAGCCUAUGCAUCUGAGCCUUGGUGUUUCCAUCCAGAACCUGGUCAAGGUUUAUCGUGAUGGCAAGAAAGUUGCUGUAGAUGGUCUCACCCUGAACUUCUAUGAAGGACAAAUCACCUCCUUUCUGGGACAUAAUGGAGCAGGGAAAACCACUACCAUGUCCAUCUUGACUGGCUUGUUUCCCCCAACCUCGGGUACAGCCUUCAUCCUGGGCAAAGAUAUCCGCUCUGAGCUCAGCACCAUCAGGCAGAACCUGGGUGUCUGUCCACAACACAAUGUGCUGUUUGACUUGCUGACUGUGGAAGAGCACAUCUGGUUCUAUGCUCGGCUCAAAGGGCUGCCGGAAAAGCAGGUGAAAGAGGAGAUGGAGCAGAUGGCAGUGGAUGUUGGUUUGCCUCACAAACUGAAAGCGAGGACAAGCAAACUCUCUGGUGGCAUGCAGAGGAAGCUUUCAGUUGCCUUAGCCUUUGUUGGUGGCUCCAAGGUUGUCAUUCUGGAUGAGCCUACAGCUGGGGUGGAUCCCUAUUCUCGCAGAGGGAUAUGGGAAUUGCUUCUCAAGUAUCGGCAAGGCCGCACUAUCAUUCUCUCCACACACCACAUGGAUGAGGCAGACAUUCUGGGGGACCGGAUUGCCAUCAUUUCUCAUGGCAAGCUCUGCUGUGUUGGCUCUUCUCUCUUCCUGAAGAACCAGCUUGGAACAGGCUAUUAUUUGACCCUGGUCAAGAAGGAUGUGGAUUCCUCUCUGAGCUCCUGCCGAAACAGCAGCAGCACAGUGUCCUAUCUGAAAAAGGAUGACAGUGUCUCCCAGAGCAGCUCUGACGCUGGCCUUGGCAGUGACCAUGAAAGUGACACACUGACAAUAGAUGUCUCUGCAAUUUCAAAUCUCAUUACAAAACAUGUUCCUGAGGCCAGGCUGGUGGAGGAUAUCGGCCAUGAAUUAACCUAUGUCUUGCCAUACAAGGCUGCUAAAGAGGGAGCUUUCGUGGAGCUGUUCCAUGAAAUUGAUGACCGUCUCUCUGAUCUUGGCAUUUCCAGCUAUGGCAUCUCUGAAACCACCCUGGAGGAGAUCUUCCUGAAAGUGGCUGAUGAUAGUGGUGUGGAUGCAGAAACCUCAGAUGGGACAUUGCCAGCCAGAAGGAACAGGCGUGUGUUUGGAGACAGACAGAGCUGCCUUCGUCCAUUUACAGAAGAUGAUGCAUUUGAUCCUAAUGAUUCGGACAUAGAUCCAGCAGAAUCCAGAGAGACAGACCUCCUCAGCGGCACGGAUGGGAAAGGCUCCUACCAGAUGAAGGGCUGGAAACUCGCCCAGCAGCAGUUCAUGGCUCUGUUGUGGAAGAGGCUGCUUAUUGCCAAGAGAAGCCGGAAGGGCUUCUUUGCUCAGAUUGUACUGCCAGCUGUCUUCGUGUGUAUUGCUCUCAUGUUCAGCCUGAUCGUUCCUCCCUUUGGGAAGUAUCCCAGCCUGGAAUUACAGCCCUGGAUGUAUGAUGAGCAGUACACUUUUAUUAGCAACGAUGCUCCAGAAGAUGCAGGCACUCAGAGGCUUUUGGACGCCCUUCUCAAUAAGCCUGGUUUUGGGACACGCUGCAUGCAGGGACACUCCAUCCCAGACACUCCUUGCACCGUGGGGCAGAUGGAGUGGACCACCGCUUCAGUCCCAGACUCAGUCCUGGACAUCUUCUUGAAAGGCAACUGGAGCAUGGAGAACCCUUCCCCGUCUUGCGAGUGCAGCAAUGAGAAGAUCAAGAAGAUGCUGCCUGUGUGCCCCCCUGGUGCAGGCGGGCUGCCACCCCCACAGCGCGAGCAAGACACUGCUGACAUCCUCCAGAAUCUGACAGGCCGCAACAUAUCGGACUAUCUGGUGAAGACAUAUGCACAGAUCAUUGGGAAAAGCUUAAAGAAUAAGAUCUGGGUGAAUGAGUUCAGGUAUGGUGGCUUUUCCUUGGGAGCCAGCAGUUCUCUCAUGCUUCCUCCAAGCCAUGAAGUCACUGAUGCCAUUAAACAGGUGAAGAAGAUCCUGGAGCUAGCACAGGGGAGUUCUGGAGAUCGGUUUCUGAACAGCUUGUCAAGUUUCAUGAAAGGCCUGGAUACAAAGAACAAUGUGAAGGUGUGGUUCAACAACAAGGGCUGGCAUGCCAUCGCCUCCUUCCUGAAUGUGAUCAAUAAUGCCAUCCUUCGGGCUAACCUGCAGCAGGGCAAAAACCCUAGUGCUUAUGGGAUCACUGCCUUCAAUCACCCACUCAACCUCACCAAGCAACAGCUCUCUGAAGUGGCUUUGAUGACCACCUCCGUGGAUGUCCUAGUCUCCAUCUGUGUGAUCUUUGCCAUGUCCUUUGUUCCUGCCAGCUUUGUGGUCUUCCUUAUCCAGGAACGUGUCAGCAAGGCUAAACACUUGCAGUUCAUCAGUGGUGUGAAACCUGUGGUCUACUGGCUGGCCAACUUUGUCUGGGAUAUGUGCAACUACAUUGUUCCAGCCACACUAGUCAUCAUCAUCUUCAUCUGCUUCCAGCAGAAGUCCUAUGUAUCCUCCUCCAACUUGCCUGUGCUGGCUCUCCUUCUGUUUCUCUAUGGGUGGUCCAUCACCCCUCUCAUGUAUCCAGCCUCCUUUGUGUUCAAAAUCCCCAGCACAGCAUAUGUUGUGCUGACCAGCGUGAACCUCUUCAUUGGCAUCAAUGGUAGCGUGGCCACCUUUGUCCUGGAGCUCUUCACCAACAACAAGCUGAACAACAUCAAUGACAUCCUGAAGUCUGUCUUCCUCAUCUUCCCCCACUUCUGCCUGGGUCGGGGACUCAUUGACAUGGUGAAAAACCAGGCUAUGGCUGAUGCUCUGGAAAGGUUUGGAGAAAACCGUUUUGUGUCUCCUCUGUCAUGGGACCUGGUGGGAAGGAACCUCUUCGCCAUGGCAGUAGAGGGCGUUGUCUUUUUCCUCAUCACAGUGCUCAUCCAGUACAGAUUCUUCAUCAAACCCAGGCCUGUCUAUGCCAAGCUGCCUCCUGUGAAUGAUGAAGAUGAGGAUGUAACCAGAGAGAGACAGAGGAUAAUUAGUGGAGGAGGACAGAGUGACAUCUUGGAAAUCAAGGAGCUAACCAAGAUUUACAGAAUGAAGCGAAAGCCAGCAGUUGAUAGGAUCUGUGUUGGAAUCCCCCCUGGAGAGUGCUUUGGACUCCUGGGGGUAAAUGGUGCUGGCAAGUCAUCCACUUUUAAGAUGCUAACUGGUGAUACAGAUGUGACAGGAGGAGAAGCUUUCCUCAAAGGAAACAGUAUUUUGUCCAACAUCCAAGAAGUCCAUCAGAACAUGGGCUACUGCCCACAGUUCGAUGCUGUUAAUGAACUGCUGACAGGGCGAGAGCACUUGGAGUUCUUCGCGCUUCUGAGAGGUGUUCCAGAGAAAGAAGUCUGCAAGGUUGGUGAGUGGGCAAUUCGGAAACUGGGCCUUGUGAAAUACGGAGAAAAAUAUGCUGGGAAUUACAGUGGAGGAAACAGGCGCAAGCUCUCUACAGCCAUUGCCCUCAUUGGAGGGCCACCUGUGGUGUUCCUGGAUGAGCCAACAACAGGGAUGGAUCCCAAAGCACGUCGUUUCUUGUGGAACUGUGCUCUGAGUGUAAUCAAAGAGGGGAGAUCAGUGGUGCUCACAUCUCACAGCAUGGAAGAAUGUGAAGCCUUGUGUACUCGAAUGGCGAUAAUGGUCAAUGGGCGAUUCAGGUGUCUGGGCAGCGUCCAGCAUCUAAAGAACAGGUUUGGAGAUGGUUACACCAUAGUGGUGAGAAUUGCAGGGGCAAACCCAGACCUGAAGCCUGUUGAGGAGUUCUUUGGGCAUGCCUUCCCUGGAAGUGUCCUGAAGGAAAAGCAUCGGAAUAUGCUGCAGUACCAGCUUCCCUCUUCACCAUCCUCCCUGGCCAGAAUAUUCAGUAUUCUCUCCCAGAACAAAAAGAGACUCCACAUAGAAGACUACUCCGUUUCUCAGACCACACUUGACCAAGUAUUUGUAAAUUUUGCUAAGGACCAAAGCGACGACGACCACACUAAGGACCUGUCAUUGCACAAAAACCAGACUGUGGUAGACAUUGCAAUCCUUAAUUCCUUCCUGCAAGAUGAGAAGGUAAAAGAAAGUUGUGUGUGAGCCAAUUUCAGCAAAGAAAUGAUGAGCAGAAUGCGAACUUCCUUUUCCUGGGAUAGGAUACUCCCAAAGAAGAAGCUAGAGGAAGAGAAACUGGACACUCUACUGAUAACCAUUCAAUGCAAUGCAAUUCAAUGCAAUGAAAACAAAAUUCCUUUACAGGGGCAGUGCCUCGUGGAGUCGUCUUGUACUGUUCUCAAGUGAAAGACUUGAACUUAGCUCAUUACAGUAUAACUCUGAAGCUGUGGUAAAGCACCCAUCAGAUGCUGUGGGCUUUCAACCAUACUGUAUUUUGUCCUGUACAGUAUGUUUUUACUAGGGUUGCAAAAAUAGUUCAUCGAGGAAUCAUGGCCAGUGGUUAUUUAUAGAUAUUUUAGACAUGAACGUUUUAGUCUUUUAAAACAAUCGUGUCAGGAGUGGGAAUUUCCUGGUGCUACAUCCAUUGCUGGCAAUGAAUGCACCAAGACAGUCAGUGGCAAGAAGCGUCACCACCAGUGUUGUAGCCUUAGGUUGUGAAAACUUACCUGACCAGCUGCGUUUCCUAGACUGGUGCAGGUCUGUUGGUGACAAAUCUGGGGCCACAAAGCAGUACUUGCAGAUGGGAUGGCAAGAGACAGGCCAUCAUAUCCAUGCAUCUCCAUCAGUAAGUGGUGAUAUGCAGAACUGUGAACCCUGCAAAUGCACAGGAUUGUCCCACCAGCAUCACAACCAAUAACCUACUCGACUAGGUUUUUGUGUAGCUAAGUACUCUCCUGCUCCUUUGAGGUACUGCAGCAGCUGCAUGAACACCUAGUAGGAGGAAGUGGGUGAGAAGCAGACCUAGGGUUUAGACCACAGCAGCAAACUCAGUAGUUGUACAAGCUGCUAAUGCCAAGAGCAAAUUCUAAAUCAUGAGAUGACACUCAGAUAUGUAAUAUCUGCUCUUUAACCCCUGCUUUGCACCAGAAAGGUACCCAUCAUCUGAAGUUAUUGCUUAGCACAAGCAUGUUGCCGUUUCUGGCUUUGCCAGAUAAAACUAGAAAUGAGAUGUAGAUUUUUUUUUUUUUAACAGUAUUAUUUAUGACUUUAAAUAGGUAGGUAGCAUAAUUAGGGAUUGAAAGUGCUUUCAGUUGAUCUUUGUAGCCACAGUAUUUCUUUACGUUAUGCCUGCAAUGCUAUGCUCUCGUUCUAUCCAUUCAGCAAUAGCUACAUUCAUGAUCUGACCAAGUUCCAGACUCUAGUAAUCAGCUGCUAUCUGCAAUUACUGCAAGUUGUUCACCUAAAUUUUUCCCGUUUGGAAACUGAUAUAGCGUUAGAUUAAUGUGUAAGUUUCUGCUUCUGUUGUGCAGUGUAGUUUCAGUCAUUAGGUGAUCCCUAACUGGAGAAUACACCUUUAUUACACAUGUGACAGAAUCACAGAAUGGUGGGGGUUGGAAGGGAGGGACCUCUGGAGAUCAUGCAGUCCAACCCCCCUGCCAAAGCAGGUUCACCUAGAGCGGGUUGCACAGAAACGCUUCCAGGCGGGUUUUGAAUGUCUCCGGAGACGGAGAGUCUACAACCUCUGUGGGCACCCUGUUCCAGUGCUGUGGAAAUGCUUCAGUAAAAAUCCCCUUCAAGAACAAGAUGGUUCAAAAUAGUAGCGCUACAUCAGUCAAUAAUUUUUACAAGUGCAACAAAGUUUUACAAAGCCAGAAUAAUACUAGAGGGGAUGGAUGAUAUAUGGUAAGAACAACCAAUUCUUGUUCACAUUGUACAACAGUCAUUAGGAGAGGAUGCUUCCAUUAAUACACUUACAGGCCCCUCUGUCUUGCUUUUACAUUCAGAAAUAGGUUCAGUAAUGUGGUUUGAAACCAAGUGCAGUUCCUGGGCUAUUCCUGUAUGUCAUGCCUCCACCUUAAAUACCCAUUCAGGUUCUGCACUAGUUCUCGAUGCUACUCAGCCAUGAAUCAAUCACGGACUAUUUUCUUCUGUGAAUGCCCAUAGCAGCUCAACAAACAGUGAAAAGGCUGGCAUGAGCCUGAGGAAGGCUGAUUACAUAUUUCCAGGUAUGCUUGGUAACACUGACCAAUUCAGCAUUUUUAAUACACAAACAGUUAAGUAUUUAGCACAAGUUCCCAGAUCCUGCUAUGUCCUGCCUUGGGAUGAAGUAAGAGCUUACUACGUGCUCUGCUGAAGUGCCUUUUUCAUACUUUUUUUUUUUUAUCUGUAUAAUACAUUGCUAAGGGGAUUGAGAAAGGAGUGUAAUGGGGAUUGGUAUACCUCACUUAAAACAUGCUUUGUCAUUACCUUUAUGGCAUCAUCACCCUAUGGGGAUGAGUUACAGGGUGAUCAAUACACCAGACUUCCAGGUGCAGAAAAAACUACUAAACAGCUGAGCUACAGCCAUGAGUUCUCUGUAACAGGCUGCAGGUAUGUCGCGGUAUCAUUGAAAACAAAUAGCAUGUAUUGAAGGCUUACCACUGCUAAAAAUCACUAUUACAAAUCAGCAUUAAGUCACCGAAGUGAAGGGCUUAAGUUUUGCAUUGCACCAAAGUAGUGCGUGCAGAACUGGAACGAGUUGUAGGAGGAUGCAGAUUUGGUCCUGAAGGGGCUGUGGUUUGCUCUUUGUAACUGCUCAUGUAAAUGAUUAAUUUAGCAGGAAACAACAGUUUGAUCGUAACACUCUUUCCUUAGCCCACCAAAAAGAGACUCUUGAUUCUUAUUGCCCUGUGAAUGUCCUGCUUAUACAGAGUCUGCUAUCUGUGACAAAAUGUUACCGUAAACAUGGAUGUAAACUGAACUAUUUCAUAGCGCUGAUCUGUCUUGUUUGCACUGAACAGACAGCAUAAUGCAACCCUCACGUGAAAAUUUGUCAUGGAAUAAGUUCAGACAGCCACUAAUUUACUCUCUUAAGCGUGUGUUGGGGAAGAAAAUCACUCUAGGGUCACAUACAGUAUAUGAACCACUCUUGAUAAUGAAACUGCACUGAGGUGUUAACUUAUUUUAAACUUUAUCACUAUCGAUAUGUUGCAUCCCUCUUUGUAGUACAGCUGUAUUUUAGUAAGGAGUUGUAUUUUCCCCAUGGUUAAACCACCACUUUGUGCUUAUCCUUCCCUCCUGAAUUAUAGUUGGUCCUUCAUUCCAAGCACUUUAUGCUAUCUGUAAUGGGAUCUAUUUUUGCACUGGAAUAUCUGUUAACUUUGCAAAAAUCUAGAGAGAUUUCAUAACUGAAAUUUCUAAGUUAAAUCCUUAAAUGGACAUUUUCAUUAAAAGCAAAAAAAAAAAAGUAUAUAUAUUUGUAUUUGCUAAUAACUGUUAUGUGAAGUAUUAAAAGGCACUCUAAUUGCCUUGCAUUAAGUAAAAAAUAAAGCUGUUAUAGCACCA